AUGCUUCGGAAAAACAAUAUGGCAAAACGGACGCUCAUUUACUGUUACUUGAUUGGCAUAGCAGUUCUGUUUACGGCCUGGGUAACGAUUCAUUCCCACAAAGAGAUUGUCGCCAUCUAUCGCUGGAAUUCGCCCGUCUCUUCCGAUAUCCCUCACUCGGCAUCGACGUACACGCAAAAGGCAGACAAAGCUGGUGAUGUUCGACCUGACAUUCAGCAACGUGAAGCAGCAAAGAAACUAUUGGCUGACAAUAAGAACAGCACGUCUCGCUCAUUCAAACUCAUUCUGAUGUGGAGUACGUGGAUGUCAACGAUGGCCGACGAACCGCUGGUCAAGGCCCGUUGCCCAGUCACGUCAUGUCUUUUCACGUCAGACAUGUCGCUCAUUCAUCAAAGCGAUGUCGUCGUGUUGUACAUCGACACGCUGACAGAUGUCCCGAUGAACCGUCAACCGCAUCAGCGUUUCGUUUUCGCCCAGCUCGAAUCGCCUGCCAACACCAAACUGGACACCAUCAGCGAUCCUCGUCUCCGGUACGACUAUUUCAACUGGACCAUGACGUACCGGAGAGACUCUGACGUCAUCCUUCGCGAUUAUUAUGGCUCUCUAGUGAAAAUCAGCAACAGCACAACAAGAAUAAUCAAACAGAACGAAGCCACUCUAAUCAGGAGCAAAACGAAAUUAGUGGCUUGGUUUGUGGCUCAUUGUACGACGCCCAUCCGCAGGGAAGAGUACGUUCGCCAAUUGAGUCAGUUCGUGACGGUCGACAUCUUCGGCCGUUGCAGCCAAGAAUGCCCGUCCAAUUGCGACGACAUGUUGCGCUCCGAUUACAAAUUCUACCUGGCCUUGGAGAAUUCGUGGUGUCCAGACUACGUGACGGAGAAGUUCAUCCGGCCGCUGGCGUACGACGCCGUGCCGAUCGUCUUAGGCGGCGCUGAUUACGGCCGUUUCGCACCUCCGCAUUCUUACAUCAACGUUCGUGAUUUUGGUUCUGCUAAAGAACUGGCUGACUAUUUGAUGGUGCUAGACAAAUCAGAUGAUCUUUACGCACGUUACUUUGACUGGAAAAGAGACUAUGACGUCACUCUUCUCGAUUUGUCCGGCUGGUGCGACCUGUGUCAAAUGGCCCACGACGACUCUUUGCCGAACAAAUCCUACCGAGACAUUAAACAAUGGUGGAUGUCGGACGGAGGAGAAUGCGAAACGAAUUCUACCAAAUUAUAUUACUGAAUCUUUCACGCUGUUCCGAUUUUGUGUAUGUGCUCUCUAAGAAAUAUCUCGGGGUUUUUACCGAGAAAUAACUCGGUAAUCAACGUCCAGACUUUUUUGUCGGCAUUUUUUUACCGACAAUUUAAAUCAGGAAAACAGUGGUAAUCCGAAUACUAUUGUCGAUUUACCUUUAUUUUCCCAAAAUUUGGGGGGUGUAUCCACCCCCUUCAUUCUCAAGGUCCAGACGUCUGGUUUCCCCCUUCUACGGUUCUACCCCUACUGUAUUCUUGUAUUUUCAAGGUCUGUCUGUCUAAAUGUGUGCAGACGUCCUUCAUCAUCAUGCAGUACUUUGUAAUAUCAUAAACGGUUAAGACAUUAUUUUAAUUGUUAUUGAAUAACAUUAACUUAAAAAUUUUUAUUUCUAAUAACUUUAUUUAAUGCCAACUAUUUAAUUUUUUGUCGAUAUUUUAAAACUAUUACCUCUCUUCGACCUACUACUAUUCGUUUAGCUCUGAGCUGGUGGUUAUUGGGGGAUUCGAACCAUAGCACCAUACGUCUUUUUCAUAUAAAUAUGAUAUUUUACCACUGUGCCACAUUGACUAUUAUAUGUGCAUUACAGAAUGCACUAUAUUGUGAGACAUGUGUAGGGUGAUAGAAAAAUUUUCAUAGAAUUGAAAAUCUUAUAUGUUAUGAAUAUGAAUUAGACUUUUGGCCAUUAACGUUCCAUAUAAAUUGAUUUUACGAUUGUCGAAUUGUCGAAAAAAGAAUUGCAAAUUAACAACUGCACUCAUUCUCUUCAUCUUGAGGCCAAAAUGGAAAAAAUGUGCCUCCCCGUUAAAAAAUCCUUAUUUGUUAGGAUAACCAAUUUGCCAAACCUAAGGGAAAACAAUUUUUUUUUUUGUAAUCCUUCAUUCUUACAUAAACAAUACAAACAAAAAUGUCCCCCA